AACCCGUCUAUCUCUCUCGGGCGUCACUAGGAACGUGAUUGUCCAUCACGGGAACAACAUCUUUGGUCUUUCUCUGAUGGGAUGAAAUGAAGACUUUCACCGCUGUCACCGUCCCGGCCCAGAAACCACCAGUGUUCUAACGCCAUCAAAGCACAGCUCCUAGCUCUGGUCAUGCAGUGCCGCAUACGGUGCAUCAUAUUCCCACCUACCUAUGGAUUGAUGAAGAGCAGGGCACACGCGGCGAGACGUCGGCCUCUUCGCCAAGACGAAAGGCAGAAAAGCAGAAAAACGACGUUGCUUUCCUUUCACUGUACCAUACAAUCAACAAAAACGACACGGAAACAGGAAACGGGACAUGGGACAUGGCGUUUUAAUCAUCACUCCCACAAGACUGAGCUGGUUGGGAUUUCUAUUCUCCCUGGGCAAGUUUCGCCGCACAGGUUACAGUACUGGCAUUGGGAUUUGGAAUGGGUGUGUACAUUUCUGUGGGUUGGGGUUUGUUUUGCAUCUCUCAGCUUGGCUUUGGAUUACAGCACCGGCGAAUGCUUGGGAUAUCUGGAAUUUGGCGAUACCGUUGGGAUUUUGGGAAUGCCUUUGGGGAAUUCAUUACGUUGGGACAUACUUCGGUACUUCAGGGCGUCAUCACUGAAACCACCCUGGGAAGGGAGGCAGCUCGCUCAAGAGGCGCAACGCGGGCAACCUCACGAGCAACUGGGGGGUGUUGGGCCCCACUACAAAAGGAAACAUACAAAAUAAACAUUGAGAUAGAGUCUGGCUCCCGUAACAGCUGGCUACCUUUCGAUCAUGCAAACAACUCAAUUCUGUGACGUCGAUGUUUUCUGUCGUGCACACUCGCCAGUCCAGACCCCAAACCGACAAGCUUGUGUGACAACCAUGGGUUGCG